AUGAUGCUUAUGUUCGUUAACGCAUCCGAAACCACAACCUUCAAGCCAUACAAAGAAGGAAUCUUUCGGUCUCUUGUCGCGAAAGCGUGCCAAUUUAUCGAUGCUCACGAGACGUGCGUCUCAAACAUCCGGACGCACAUCGAGAAAUCGGGUCACGGUUUAAACCCACAUUCGGUUUUAAGCGCUGCGGUGAAGGAAGCACACGACAAAGCCAAGUUAGCAAUGGAGCGAAUCCCAACCGUCACGACGUUGUCUUUCCGUUCCCGUGAGCAGAUUGCAGUUGAGGAUUGUAAAGAGCUUGUAGGCUUCUCCGUGACGGAGCUAGCGUGGUCGAUGUUGGAGAUGAACAAACUCCACGGAGGAGAAGGGAUAGACGGUGGCUCACACGACGCUGCUGCAGCAGGAGGCAACCUUAAAACAUGGCUAAGCGCGGCUAUGAGUAACCAGGACACGUGUCUUGAAGGGUUUGAAGGAACAGAAAGAAAGUACGAGGAGUUGAUCAAAGGUAGCUUAAGACAAGUCACUCAGCUCGUGAGCAAUGUCCUAGACAUGUAUACGCAGCUCAAUGCCUUGCCCUUCAAGGCAUCUAGGAACGAGAGCUCCAUAAUGAGUCCUGAGUGGCUCACGGAGCCCGAUGAGAGCCUCAUGACGCGUCUCAACCCCAACGUAGACGCGGUUGUGGCGGUAGAUGGAAAAGGGAAGUAUCGGACGAUUACUGAGGCCAUCAACGAGGCUCCAAAUCAUAGCACAAAGAGAUAUGUUAUAUACGUGAAGAAAGGUUUGUAUAGAGAGAAUAUUGAUAUGAAGAAGAAGAAAACGAACAUUAUGCUUAUGGGUGAUGGUAUUGGACAAACGAUCAUUACCGGUGACCGGAAUUUCUUGCAGGGUCUUACCACUUUCCGAACUGCAACCGUUGCUGUCUCCGGAAGAGGAUUCAUAGCAAGGGACAUAACUUUCAGAAACACGGCCGGUCCGCAUAACCGUCAAGCUGUCGCAUUGAGGGUCGAUUCCGAUCAAUCCGCUUUCUUCCGAUGUAGCAUGGAAGGUUACCAAGACACUCUCUACGCACAUUCCCUUCGUCAGUUCUAUAGAGAAUGUGAAAUCCAUGGUACGAUCGAUUUUAUAUUCGGAAACGGUGCCGCGGUUUUACAGAACUGUAAAAUCUACACCCGAGUUCCGUUACCGCUCCAGAAGGUAACGAUAACCGCGCAAGGGAGAAAAAGCCCUAACCAGAACACAGGGUUUGUAAUCAUGAACAGUUACGUGUUGGCUACGCAACCUACUUAUCUUGGCCGGCCAUGGAAACUCUACUCAAGAACGGUUUACAUGAAUACUUACAUGAGCCAGCUGGUCCAGCCAAGAGGAUGGCUUGAGUGGUUUGGUAACUUUGCUUUGGACACGCUAUGGUAUGGCGAAUACAAUAAUAUUGGGCCGGGUUGGCGGUCAUCGGGUCGGGUUAAAUGGCCUGGUUAUCAUAUCAUGGACAAACGGACUGCAAUGUCCUUCACCGUUGGAUCGUUCAUUGACGGCCGGAGAUGGCUUCCGGCAACAGGUGUCACGUUCACCGCUGGUCUAGCUAAUUAA